AUGGGUAAAAUCAAUGCAUUCUUCGGUAACCCUGGUAUCAGGCCCGAUAUUCAUCAUCAGGCCCCCAUUAUAGUAGCGGAUCAAUCAACAGACGAUGAAGUCGCUACCAUCAAAGUGGAAAACGGUCAAGAACUGAAAUUUGAAGAGGAGCAUUUUGAAGAUGAAGUCGCUAGUAGUGAUCAAUCAACUGCGGUAGAGUUAAGUCAAGUCAAUAUUGAAAACAAUGGUGCAAUUACUACAAGUCGUGGGUUCACAGGUUUGAAGAAAGGUUGGACAGAUAAGACGUUAGAUGUUCUUGUCGAUUUUGCUGGGGGUCAGAUUGUUUUUUAUUGUAUGUGGAUCAUCUUAAUCAUUUGGAUAGUUCUAGGGAUCGUUUAUAAUGCUCCUUUCAACUGGCAAGUCGUCAUGCAGGAUGGUCAAUCUAUUCAAUGUUACGUAUGGGAUACUUUGUUGAUGAGACAACAAUUGACAAGUACUCAUGAACAAAUUAUGAUUUGUGGUCAAUUGCAAUCAAGGAUGGCGACGUUUACACAUUUCUUAACCAAAAUGGGAAGUUCUAAUUCUAAUUCAAAUUCAAAGGCAUCAAAUGAUAAGAGUGAGAAGUUAGACUCUAAUUCUAAUUUUGAACUUAAUGAAAGAGAACCUUCUCAUCACUCCAAUGUAGCCAUUGACUCGGUAAUUAUUGAUAAGAAAUCCAUUGAAGGUGAACUACCAGUGGAGAAUUGGUAUGAUAGAUUUUCAUCCGUUUCUUCAAAUAUAAUUGGUUCCGUAGAAUGUAUGACCCUCUUUUGGAUUGGUAUCAUUGUUUGGAUUAUUUGUGGUAUUAUUCCAAAGGAUGCUGGUAAUAGUCCACCCUAUACGGGGAGAACAACAGGUAGUAAUCCUAAAUUGAAAAAAUUUAGUGAUGAUUGGCAAAUGUAUAUUAAUACAGCUGUAGCUGUUUCAUUACUCAUUUGUACUACUUUCUUACAAAAUAUUAGGGCAAGACAUGAUAAAUUCAUUUCCAAAUUUUUAGUUUCAACAUUUGACAUUGAAUCCAAAAUUGAAACUAAAUUAAGAUCACAUUUCAAAGAUUUUAAAACUCCAAACCCUGUGAUUACUAUUAAAGCGGGUAAAAGAUCUUGGGGUGAAAAAAUUAUCGAUUGGUACGCAGAUGUCAUUGGUACUGGUAUUGGUGUUGUUGUUGCUAUCAUUGCAUUCGGUGUUUGGAUUGGUAUUGGUUCUCCAUUACAUUGGAAUGAUAGUUGGUGGUUGAUCAUUGGGACAUACACAGGUUUGGUUGGGUUUCUUGAUGGGUUUGUCAUUAGACAAGUUUAUUUCAGAAUCGUGGAAUAUGAGGAAGAUAAUUAUGCUUCUGUAGCCGAUGCAGAUUUGAAAUUAUUUCAAUUACUGGGGAUAGAUUGUCCCGAUGAGUUUACCGGUAAGCCAAAUGCAGUAGUUACGAAGACUUUGAACUAUAAGAUUUCAGCAUUUGUAAAUAAAAUUUGUUCUACUCAAUGGAGUGUAUUAGUUUCCGUCCUUAUAAUUAUUGGUUUGAUUUGCGCUUCAUCAGGUAUGCGCUGGAGUACUACAGGUCAAUUAAUUGCUAAUACACCAACCAUGAUUAUCGAAGAAUUUUUUUUGAUCGUAUUAAUUCAAGCUCAUAAUUGGGCUGAUCAACAAAGAAGAGUUGAAGUGUCUGCCUUAUUAGCAAGAAGACACAUUCUCUUAGCAUAUAUUGAUGGGCAUUUUUAA